AUGGCGGAAGGCGAACCAGAUUUUUCGUCCCUGCCUUUACCGGAACGCUUCACACACAAGAUCUGGAAAGUGAGAAAAGAGGGUUACGAAGACGCCGCCAAAGAGUUUGAGAAAACUCCCGAUGAAUCGGCACCCGUAUUUCGCCCUUUUUUGCUAGACUCCGGUCUGUGGAAAGGUGCUGUUGCCGACUCCAACGUCGCCGCCCAGCAAGAAGGUCUCGCAGCCUACUGCGCCUUUCUUAAAUAUGGUGGUGCUCAGGCUUGCAUAAGAUCACGAGCUACCACAAUCGCCCCUAUCGCCGAGAAAGGUCUGUCUUCGGCACGGCCGGCUGCCAAAGCAAACGCGCUCGAAGCUCUCCUACUUUGUAUCGAACUUGACAAGGCCGACCCCGUAAUCGAGGAUUUGCUGCCUAGUCUAUCGGCCAAGCAACCAAAAGUUAUCGCUGCAGUUCUAGCAGCCUUUACGGCGAUAUACCAUAACUACGGAUGCAAGAUAGUCGACCCCAAGCCCGUUCUCAAGGCCCUGCCCAAGGUCUUUGGACAUGCCGAUAAGAACGUUCGUGCUGAAUCGCAGAACCUGACCGUGGAACUCUACCGAUGGCUGAAAGAAGCAAUCAAACCAGUGUUCUGGGGCGAUCUGAAACCAGUCCAGCAACAGGAUCUGGAAAAGCUGUUUGAUAAAGUUAAAGAGGAACCGUCGCCAAAACAGGAACGUCUGACGAGGGCACAGCAAGACGCAAUAGCCACCGCGCCUGUGGGCGGUGGAGAUGACGGUGACCAGGAUGCCGGCCAGGACUAUGACGACGAUGGCGCGGAAGAUGCUGAGCCAAUCGACCUCGCAGAGCCAGUUGAUGUGAUGCCCAGAAUUCCCGCCGACCUUCAUGAGAAACUCGGCUCGUCAAAGUGGAAGGAUAGGAAGGAAGCCCUGGACGCGCUCUACAACGCUAUUAACGUGCCUCGCAUCCAGGACGGGCACUUUGACGAGAUCGCAAGAGCCUUUGCGAAAUGUAUGAAGGAUGCAAACGUUGCUGUUGUCACAAUCGCAGCCAACUGUAUAGACUUGCUCGCCAAAGGAUUGCGAUCAAGUUUCGGAAAAUACCGAUCGGUGGUCAUGUCCCCGAUGCUAGAACGUCUAAAGGAAAAGAAACAGUCCGUUUCAGAUGCCCUAGGUCAAGCCUUGGACUCGGUGUUUGCUUCCACCAGCCUGUCUGACUGUCUGGAAGAGACACUUGAAUUUUUGAAGCACAAGAACCCCCAGGUCAAACAGGAGACGCUCAAGUUCCUCAUCAGGUGUCUUCGAACAACACGAAGUGUUCCCGAAAAGCCAGAGGUCAAGUCCAUUGCCGAGGCAGGCACCAGACUUCUUACAGAAUCCAGUGAAGUGACUCGAUCAGGAGGAGCGGAGAUUUUGGGAACUUUGAUGAAGAUCUUGGGCGAACGUGCCAUGAACCCUUACCUUGAUGGCCUGGAUGAUAUCCGAAAGACGAAGAUCAAGGAGUACUUCGACACCGCUCAAGUCAAGGCUAAAGAUCGUCCUAAGCCUAUUGUUGGCCCGCCGAAAGCCGCUCCUACGCCUGCGAAGAAGGCUGCUCCAGGCACCAAACGGCCCGCUGUGAAGAAAGCAGCCCCUGCUGCUGCACCGCCGCCUCCUGCCCCUGAGGAAGCAUCACCGCCUCCGAAACCCAAAGCUGUGUCCAGACCCGGCCUUGCACGGCCUGGAGGCAUUCCGAAAUCCGGCCUUGCCACCCCUGGUUCCGGGCUGAAGAUGCAAAGACGCAUCCCUGGUGUCGGUGGAGCAGCCGCUCCUCAAGCAUCUCCCCAACGUCGUGCAGCAAGCCCGCCUCUUGAUGAGCCAGCCCCGGCUCUAGCACAACCGAAAUUUGGCUUGGGACGAGGGCUGACUAGCCGUCCAAUUGGCAAACCUGCUGCAGUAGUUGAUGCAGCGCCUCCUGCAGCCGCCCCCGCUGUGUCUGGUCUCGCAGCUGUCGAGCGGGCUGAAUUGGAAGAACUCCGUCUUGAAAGAGAUCAUCUUACCACAGUGAACGAAGAACUCAAGUCGGAAAAGACCAAAUUGACCUCUCAGAUCAACGAAUUCCAGAACCAGAACGCACAGCUUAUUGAAGACCACACCCGAGACGUCUUGAGCAUCAAAGCCAAGGAGACACAACUGGUACGGGCGCGCAGUGACGCCGAGACCGCGGAGCAGACGGUGCAGAAACAGCAACGUGAAAUCGAGCGUCUUAAGCGUGAAUUGGCUCGAGCAGUCCGUGCCGCAGCCAUCAGCCCGCCGCCUGUUUUGGCAGACGGGGGAGGAGCCGUGGAAAGUGUUCCCUUAUCUCCAGACCCAGCGGCAUACCAUAGCAACAGCUCACGCUCUGGUCUGCAAAUGGGGGCAAGAUUUGAUGGUGCCCGGCCUCGCAGUUACGUUUCAAGUCCCAGUGAUGACAAGGAGAACAACGGCCUGGUAUCACCGAGCCACGACUCGAAUUUCGAGCCCAAUUUUGGCCGCAGGAAGUUUAGCCCUCCAGCCAGUUCGGGAAUUUCAAGUAGAGGAAGCCCCAGCCGGCCAACUGCUCGGUAUGCAUCUACUGGCAGCAACAAUGGCGAGGAACACCCGGCCGCACCGGCACGAUCAACAGAGCCAGCUGAGAACUGGAAACGUGCGGCCGAGGUUACAAGUCAAUUAAAAGCCAGAAUCGAACAAAUGAAGGCGAGUCGACUUUUUCAACAA